AUGACAAUACUUACAUUUUUCCUAGAAUAUUAUUCAAACAAUUCGAUGGAGAACAUUGGUUGGAUGAACGUCGUGUCUGAAAUCAUACCAUUAUUAUACGAAAAACAUCUCGACUGGUACGCUCAAGAGUUCCUUUACAGGCCUUGUUUUGGUAACAAAGAGUUAGAUUUGUCUAGUUUGAAGUUUCAUACGAUUAAGAAAAGUUCCGAAAAUUCUUUAAAAGUUUAUAUUCCUAUAACGCAACUCAUUCCUCGUGGUGAAACUUUGAAUCUUAAAAAUAUCAGUGACGAUGAAAUUCCUUACAUUAGAAUGGUACCUUUGAUUGAUUUUGCAACGAAUAAAAAAGCUCUGGUUCCAAUAGAUAAAACUCGGCGUAUGAUUAUAAAACUUUUCUUACCUGGCAAAUACUCAUCUCUUGAAAAAGAGGAAUAUAGCCAUUUUAUUCGGCUCUUAAUAAUGAUGGGUGCAGAUAAUGCAUUUUAUACUAAUCCUUCAAUGGAGGCAGUCAUGAAUUGGAUGUGGUUUAUUCUUCUUAAUCAUCCCUCCUACAUAUCAUUAAGACAAGCACCAGAUACUGAUAAUCCAUUCACAAAUAUAGUUAGUGCUAUAAUUGCAACAUAUAAUUGGGAAGAAAGUAGACGCUGGUGUCUCCAGCUUCAAACCGACUUACUUAGCGAUUAUGCACUUCUCGAAGGAUCUCUUAUUACCUUUAGAAUAAAUAGUUUUGAUCGCCAAUUUAAAGAUAAAUUAAGAGUAAGGUAUAUAUGCUUUUUAGAUGAAGCAUCGCUCACACACACAUGGAAUGAAAAAUCGAACGAAUCAAGUUCACGAUGGUUCGAUACAUAUGGUGUUUAUGCAAGGAAAGAAAGUUCUGAUGCGAUUGUUGAUAUUGAUGAAAUUGAUUUUAUUUGGACCAAACCAGAAAAGGCAUAA